AUGAUUGCUCUCGAAUUUGCAGGAAUGUUGAAGGAAGUCGUGGAUCGUCUUGUGAAUUCUCCCAGCAAUGAACAUGAACCCCUAAGCAACUUUAUUGACAAUGAAUUCGUGCGUAGCAAGGAUCUUGUGCCAUCCGUUAAUCCGGCAACUGGUCAGGCAUGGAUUCAGAUACCGGACUCUACUGCUGAUGAUGUUAAUCGUGCAGUUGCGGCCGCAAAUCGAGCCUUUCCUUCUUGGUCCACUACCAGCGUCCAAUAUCGAUCUGGUCUUCUGCUAAAACUGGCUGACAUUAUCGAAGAAAAUUUUGAUGGCUUAGCUGUUCUGGAAUCAAGGGAUCAAGGAAAGCCAAUAAAACUCGCCAAGUCCACCGUAAUCGAUGAACCUGUCCGUGCUGUCAACUAUGUGAAACACGAUCCUGUUGGAGUCGCAGGUCUAAUCAGUCCAUGGAACCUUCCUCUAUACUUGCUUUCUUUCAAACUAGCUCCUGCGUUGGCAACUGGUAAUACGGUUGUGUGCAAACCAAGUGAACUGACAAGUGUUACCGCUUGGGUUCUAAUGCAUGCGUUUCAGCAAGCAGGCUUCCCUGCUGGAGUGGUGAAUAUGGUAAUAGGAAAGGGCUCGUCGGCAGGCCAAGCUCUUGUCGACCACCCCGACGUUCCUCUGAUCAGUUUUACUGGAAGUACUGUCGUUGGAAAGAAAAUUGCCGAAACAGGUGCACGGCUAAAUAAAAAGGUAUCGCUUGAGAUGGGAGGGAAAAAUGCGGCUAUCGUUUAUCCUUCAUGCGAUCUUAAUCAGCACAUGUCAACCAUUGCCAGGUACGAGCGUUUGGUGGUCUUUCAGUUUACAGUUGGCGAUCCGUCCAAAGAAGUUACGCUUGGUGCCAUGAAUUCCGAGGCUCAUUUCAACAAGGUCAAGUCAUACGUAUCCUUAGCCAAAGAGGAGGGCGGGACAGUGCACUGCGGUGGGGAAAUCAAAAUGGAUGGCCAUUUGGAGAACGGGUACUAUAUCGCUCCUACAGUCAUAACCGAUUUGGAAGAUUCGUCUCGUUGUAUGCAGGAAGAGAUUUUUGGUCCAGUUGUGUGUGUCACGGAAUUUGAAUCGACUGAAGGGUACUAUAUCGCUCCUACAGUCAUAACCGAUUUGGAAGAUUCGUCUCGUUGUAUGCAGGAAGAGAUUUUUGGUCCAGUUGUGUGUGUCACGGAAUUUGAAUCGACUGAAGAAGUGGUGUCCCGUGCCAACGCUACACCUUACGGAUUAUCUGCCACCGUAUGGAGUGAAAACAACAAGGAACUCAUCAAUACAGCCCAUGGUCUCAGAGUUGGCACAGUGUGGUGUAAUACAUGGCUGACACGCGACCUCAGCAUGCCUUUCGGAGGAACGAAGGAAUCGGGGAUGGGACGCGAAGGAGCUGUUGAUUCGCUUCAUUUCUUCACAGAACAAAAAACUGUGUGUAUAAGGAUAUAA